AUGUCGGGCACAGGUCCUCGAGAAGCAGUCUUCCCGACUCGUAUGAACCUCACCCUCACCAAGGGGAGACUGAAAGGAGCUCAGACCGGUCACUCGCUAUUGGCCAAGAAGCGAGAUGCUUUAACGACGAGAUUUAGACAGAUCCUGAAGAAGGUAGAUGAGGCGAAACGACUCAUGGGACGUGUCCUUCAACUCGCAUCAUUCUCUCUGGCCGAAGUGACCUACACCGCUGGUGAUAUCGGAUAUCAAGUGCAAGAGUCCGUCAAGCGAGCAAGCUAUACCGUCGAGGCGAGGCAGGAGAACGUCAGUGGAGUCGUCUUGCCAACAUUUGAGAGCGUCCGGUCAAAAGAGGGCAACGAUUUCAAUCUCACCGGUCUCAGUCGAGGUGGUCAGCAGAUUCAAAAGUGCAGAGAUACAUAUGUCAAAGCGGUCGGAACGUUGGUCGAGUUGGCGUCGUUACAGACUGCUUUCACGAUCCUCGACGAGGUCAUUCGAGCUACCAAUCGUCGGGUCAAUGCCAUUGAGCAUGUCAUUAUCCCACGUCUGGACAAUACCAUCAAGUACAUCAACUCAGAACUGGAUGAAAUGGAUCGUGAGGAAUUCUUCCGCCUCAAAAAGGUUCAAGGAAAGAAGAAGCGAGAUGCCGAGAGGGUACUCAACGAGCGCAAAGAGAAGAACGACGCGCAUGAGCAAUCCGGAGGGAGUGUCCAUCGCGAUGAGGGUAUCGGGGGUGGCGCAGGUGGGGGUGACGACAUGCUAGGUCAGGGCAAGGACGAAGAUGUGAUAUUCUGA